AUGGGUCUGGCCGAGAAAUUCGAGGAGCUCGCCUUGGAAGAAGAGGUUUUUAACAGGCAAGCCAGGGAUGGGACGUCCGGCGGCUCCAGGCCCAAGGAGGGUCCUCCGGGUGAUGGCCCAGGGGGCCAACGGAGUGAGGGCGAUCCCGGUGGGCAAAGCAAGGACGGAGGAGGAGGACCACCGGCCCAGCUUGGAGCUGCUGUCGAGGCAAAGGAGACGGAGGAGGAGACAGGAGAGAAGGGAGGCGGACCCAACACUGGCGCUGGCAAGGGCCAGAGGAAGGUUGGCCGAGGAGAUGGCCAAAGAAGCGGUCCAUCGAUGGGAGGCGGAGGCAGCUCCGCAAUGCUCCGAAAAGCGGAGUCCAUGGGUGUGGCCGGCCCCAACGGAGAGGCCGAGGUUGGAGAGGAAGUUUCCUGCCCGGAGAAGAGGCCACCUGGCCGGUGCUCAAAAGAGCGGAGUCGGCAGGAGACGGAGGAGCGGUGCCCGAGCACAACUGGCCGCCAGAGCUGCGACAGAAAGUGGAGGAAGAGGCCAGGAGGAGGAGAAAGAAGACGGGCCGGUGGAGCGUGGUCUGGCAGGUGGGGCAGGAGAGUUUUCGGGUGCGCGGAGGACAGAGCGGAAUACGCGUCACCCGAAAACUGUAGCACAAACAGGAAAAAUUUAUAA